GCUAUAAAGGCCGUGUACGUGAUGGCCAUGACAGACAUGAUAUUCCUGUUCCAAUCGUCCGAUGGCCUAAUUAUAAGACUGGCAGCCCUGCUCACACUACACUGGUAAUGAUGGCCAGUGAAGUGGAAAUUCGCACCUACUCAGACAGUGAGUGCAAAUCGGCCAUAAAAUCGCACCGCGUGUGCCCGGGAUGUGUCAGCUCGCCUAGAUGUUAUAUACCAGUUCAUUCAUUUUAUAAAGAAAUUGAGCUGCCCAUAUAACAACUGCAGACUUCGAGGUGAUGUCCGACCUGCCUGCCCCAAUGUAGCGAACCCUAAUGAAGCUCCGAUGUUCUCAGGGAGUCCCCUUAGUCCGGACAGGUUUCAUCCUUGCCUUGCCUGGCUUGAAUGAAUUUCAGACUGUUUAAGGGUAUCGUCAAGAUUUUAGCAGCCGUAGCCCGCUGGUGCUUAAAGGCGCUGUAAAGCCCUUCUCGCUGUAAUUGCAUGUCAGGGUCACGCGAGUUAAACAAACCUGACCUCAUUCCCACACCAGUGCUGGGAUCCAAGUCACAAUAUGAAAUGUCUCAGCUGUGCGUUUUUCACGACUAUUCAUUUAUUUAAUAAUUUCAGACACGACUUCACAAGAGCGCGCGCGCCCCCACACAGCCGCUCUCUUCAUCUCCUCGCGAGCGCGCUGGUCCCAUUGUGGACACUCCUGGCGCAUACGCCGCUGUGCUGCGAUCCGUGCCGGCACUGCUCUUAUAUGGUCAUCCACAAAGCCCCCCGCACCCCUCCGUACCGCAUCCAAAAAUAACCUGCGGCAGAGGAGCACAGCUGAGGCCCGCGCCGGCACUAACUGCGCGCAUAGACCGCCUAGCGAGUGACCCUCGGAGAUGACAGGCGCCUUCUCUUACCGCUCGUACUUCUCUCACUUCCAUUCUCGUCCUUCUCACCUUAGGCGGUACCAGCCGAGACCCGGAGACACCAGCUCCAAGUUCACGUCGGGCAACGGGACGCGAUGCGUAGCCUGGACGAGAUACGAUGGCAGCGUGUACAUCGUCCCGGAACACGAAGAGCCAUCCCCUAUCGUUGAGGCCAUUAUGAACGGAAAUGACGAGUUUUUGAGGAACAAACUAAAGUCGGGCGAGAAUCUGCUGGAGAAGAACGAAGACGGCUGGGUCCCACUUCACGAAUGUGCAUAUUAUGGACAACUGAAGUGCCUGAAACUUCUGAUUAAAGCUUACCCCGGGACAAUUGAUGUGCGGACAAUGAACGAGGAAACAGCUCUGUACUUGGCCACCAACAGAAACCACGUGGACUGUGUUCAGCUUCUCUUAGAGUCUGGCGCCGAACCGGACAUCGCAAACAAAGCAAGAGUCACCCCGAUUUACAAAGCUUGUGAACGCCAGAAUGCUGAAAUCCUGAAAAUGCUGGUGAAGUACAAUGGAGACGUGAAUCACCGCUGUAAUCAGGGCUGGACAGCUCUUCAUGAGGCAGUCUCCAGAAACGAUCUUGAAAUAAUUGAGAUUCUUGUGCAAGCUGGGGCCAAGAUUGCAGUAACAAAUAUCUAUGGAAUAAGCCCCUUGUUCGUUGCAGCCCAGAGUGGACAGCUGGACGCCCUAAAGUUCUUGAUAGGCCACGGCGCUGACGUCAAUAGCCAGGCAAGCGACAAAGCUACGGCGUUGUAUGAAGCAUGCAAAAAUGGCCAUGAGCAUAUUGUGGAAUAUCUUCUUUCUGAGAAUGCAGAUGCUAACAUACCUGGCAAGAAUGGACUGCUCCCAAUUCACAUAGCGGCACAGUGUGGGCAUAAGGAGAUCGUGUGCAUGCUGAUUCCAGUUACCAGCCGGGCGCGGAUCAGACGCAGCGGAAUCAGCCCGUUACAUCUAGCUGCUGAGCGAAAUCGGGACGAGACCCUGGAGGAGCUCAUAGAGGCUGGCUAUGAUGUCAACUCGACCCUUUCAUUCGAGCGAUCUCGGAUGUACGAGGACCGACGCAGCACUCCGUUAUAUUUUGCCGUCAGCAACAACAACAUCUAUGCCACCGAGGUGCUUCUGAAAGCUGGUGCCCAUCCCAACGUGGACCUUAUCAACCCUUUGCUGAUCGCCAUUCGCCAAGGUUGUAUAAAAUCCAUGAAACUCCUCUUGGCGCAUGGGGCUAACAUCAACGCCUAUAUUCCAGCGGUCCCAUCGACAUUUCCAGCCACCAUAAUGUUUUCCAUGCAGUACCUGAGCUUACUCAAGUUCCUCUUGGACCAGGGCUGUGAUGCCCUCUCUUGUUUUACAUGUGAAUACGGAAGUGGAGAGCAUCCUCCAUUGCCAGACAUUUCUCCGAGAGAAGACUUUCCCCAAAGGAAUACAAAACCCAAGUUUGUGCAGUUCUGUGAAAUGGUUUCCACACCUAAGAUAACUCGCUGGGCUGGGCCGAUCAUCGAUCUGCUCCUCGACUACGUGGGAAACGUUCAGCUCUGCUCCAGACUUACGGAGCACUUGGAUAGCUACGAGGACUGGGCCGUGAUCAAGGAGAAGUCAAAACCUCCGAGAAGCCUUCUGCACCUCUGUCGAAUAAAGAUUCGCGAGACGCUAGGAAACGAGCGCUUGAAACGUCUCAACCGCCUGCAGAUUCCUUCAAGACUGAUCCGGUACUUGGAGUAUAACUACAGUAACGACUGCUAAGGCCGCCGCUUUGACCAGGAUGUGGCUCAAUUGGGGGGUUUCUCUUUCCAAAUAUGAUAUAAAAGGAUGGCAGGAAAUGGUCGGCUUUCUUUAGGGGGAAGAUUUAUGCACGAGUCAUCAAGUCAGAUGCCCUCUUUAUUUCAGAUUCUCUAAGCCUGACACAGAAAUGACACGGGCUGGGACAUCUGAAGUGCCACAAUCUGGUCACGCCGGCCCUCUGAGUCCUGGCGUAUAUCAUGGCGGGGACCUGAGGAGUGUCAUGACAUGUGACAUGAAGUGCCGGUCAUGUCUGAUAGUACAACACUCGUUGGUGAGCCUGUGAGGGCUUACAUGACGUCUACUUUGGAGAGGUGGGCUUGCCAUCAGCAAUUGAAGAUCUGUGCUUCGGGACAUCAGCCCAUCAUCCCCGUAUGUCUCGAGCCUUCUGUGUGAAGUGUUUGCUGCACCUCAGUUCUUGUGCAUUUGGGUAAUUUAUUUAGGAUUUGUGAGUCACUGACAGUCACGCUAUUUCGAGCGUGAGAGUUCUUUGUCAAUAUAUGGCAUGACCUGGAGGUCAGCCUCACCCCUUUAUGGGAGCUCAGACCCCAAACUUCACUUCUGUCUGCGCGAUUCUCGAUCCUACCGUCCAUGUCAGUAACGUAAUUGACAGCCACAAUCAAAAAUGGACUGUAAAUUGUGAGACAUGUGGCCACUAGGGGGCAUCACGGAGCCCCAAACACAACUUGGCAACACGCAGUCCCGGGUUCAAAUCAAGUGCAUUUUAUUACUAAAUGCACAGCCCAGCCCAACAAUACAGUGCUUUCCUUGUCUCUUCCCUAGCUCGUAUUGUCCAGCUCCUCUCCCAACUCCUUUUAUGGUGGACCCAGGAAGACCCCCGAUGUGACUGCAUUACAGUUAGGAAGCACUUCCGGAUCAGGGAGACCUUCUUAUUGGGAAGACAAUCCCUCAGGGGCCACCCAAGUACCCCAGCAGGAUUACAGCUCCCAUGUUGGCCCCUGGGUGUACCAGGAGGAAUGCAUGGCCCUGAGAGGCAGUGGUCUCCCUCUGUCCUUCCACUCUCAUGGUCUCCUGGUCAGGAAAGGCACCAGUAACCACACUGGCCAGCUGGGUGAAGGACCCCAGCCCAUCUGUGUUGUCUGAGACAAACAAUACAAACAAGAAUGAGCUGGGGUUGAGUGCCAUUUGAGAAGUGGCACAAAAAGUGCCCCCUUUUAGUUUGCGGGUAUUUGCCAGACUGGCAAAGCCUUUCAGGAUAAACUCCACAGCUUUUCUUUAGUCACUAUCUCACUCCACCGAUGGUUGUUUUGGACACCUACUAUAUGCAGCUGAAGCCCACCCGCCUGGUGGCACUGCCACAGCAGAAGACCUUGGGCUGGACUCUGUGCCACUUGGAGGGUUUCUGCUAAAAAAACCCCAUCCUGCAACACACCAUAGAAAUGGAGGUCCACCAACACACGACUGUAAAGGUGGGCUAAGCGGAUCCUGCAGGCCUGAAUGGUCAAACAGGGGCUCACAGCUCCCACCGGGGCUCUUUAAAUGGAGUCUGUGCUGCUCGCCUCUGAUUACUGAGCAGCCUACUGCAAAAAAACGACAAGGAAGACGCAAAGUUUCCCCCCAACAAAACUGGAGGCCAAUGUCCUCUGGGAAACGGCUUUCGUAGUGUGGACAGUCAAAUUCAGCAUGGCGCUUUAUUCUCUAAGACAGUAUUAGUGCAGUGAAACUAAAAUAUGGACGGCAUGAAGAGAUCUGAUCGGGGGGAAACAGAACAAGAAGGCCCCCAAUUUGUAAAAGAAGAACAUUAGGAGAGACGGCCAUCAUGCCUUCUGGACUGCUGUUUAAGACCUAAGCUGUGCAAAGUUUUGUAACUGCUGAUUUGUCACAGAAUUCAUUUUGUGUUUCAUAGUUUUUUAAUAAAAGAUGGAAAUAUUAUUAAUGGAAUUA